CCAGGGUGACGCUUCCCAAGUCUCAGUCCUGACCCCUGGCAUCAUGCAUCGGACCACACGGAUUAAAAUCACGGAGCUGAACCCUCACCUCAUGUGUGCCCUCUGUGGGGGUUAUUUCAUUGACGCCACCACCAUCGUGGAGUGCUUGCAUUCCUUCUGCAAAACCUGCAUCGUGCGCUACUUGGAGACCAACAAAUACUGCCCCAUGUGUGACGUCCAGGUCCAUAAAACCCGACCGCUACUGAGCAUCAGGUCAGACAAAACCCUCCAGGACAUUGUCUACAAGUUGGUGCCUGGGCUUUUUAAAGAUGAGAUGAAACGGCGGCGGGACUUCUAUGCAGCGUACCCGCUGACGGAGGUCCCCAACGGCUCCAAUGAGGACCGAGGCGAGGUCCUAGAGCAGGAGAAGGGAGCCCUGGGCGAUGAUGAGAUUGUCAGUCUUUCCAUUGAGUUCUACGAAGGAGUCAGGGACCGAGAGGAGAAGAAGAGCCUCAUGGAGAAUGGGGAUGGGGACAAGGAGAAGACAGGGGUGCGCUUCCUGCAAUGCCCAGCAGCCAUGACUGUCAUGCACCUCGCCAAGUUCCUCCGCAACAAAAUGGAUGUACCAAGCAAGUACAAGGUGGAGAUCCUCUAUGAAGAUGAACCCCUGAAGGAGUAUUACACCCUCAUGGACAUUGCCUACAUCUAUCCCUGGCGGAGGAACGGGCCUCUCCCCCUCAAGUACCGUGUUCAGCCAGCCUGCAAGCGGCUCACCUUGCCUACAGUGCCCACUCCCUCAGAGGGCACCAACAUUUGA